GAGUGGGGGCGCGGGGAGCGGUGCGGGCGGUCAGGCGCGCCGGCAGCUGCUGAUGCACAACAAGGCUCCCAUGUGGAAUGAGAACAGUCAGGUGUACCAACUCGACUUUGGCGGCCGCGUCACACAAGAAUCCGCCAAGAACUUCCAGAUCGAGUACCACGGGAAACAGGUGAUGCAGUUCGGUCGCAUCGACGGCAACGCGUACACUUUGGACUUCCAGUACCCAUUCUCCGCGCUGCAAGCGUUCGCUGUCGCGCUGGCAAACGUCACCCAGCGCCUCAAGUAGACUACCGUCUAGCCGUAAUGUAGCUUAGAUCCCUUUUCCACUGAACUAAUAGCCGGGCGACUGCCGCGACAAUGGAAAAAGGGUCUUAAGAAACCACGAGUAGU